UGGCUGAGCAGCCUUGCGUUUACCUCACCUCAGAUAAAGCAGCUUGGUAUCCUCCAAACCUGACUCCAAGCCUCAUUCCAUAACACUCUAUCCUCCCUUUGUCCUCAGUAUCAUGGCUAGAAAUUUAUGCCCCUCUUGCCGUCGAUUUGAAGGGGAUCUCCGCCCGGGAGAUGGAAAGUCGGAGAGCCGCGAGGUCAGCCUCGCCAGCAUCCAGAGUACAGCAGAGAAUGGUUGCAGUCUAUGUUCUUUCGUCAAACAGCUACUAGAACAAGAUAAUACGACGCCGAAGAAGGGUAGUAGUGAGUAUGAGAGUGCUAUAGUACGUGUGGAGGACCAUGGUCUGAGAUUCACGGGGCAGUGGCAGGGAGCUUUGGUCAUUGAGGUUUAUCAGCCUCGUAAGUCUUCCCUUCUUAUCUCUCGAAAUAUAGAGGAGGGAAUGUAAAGGUCACAUUAUGUUACUAGGGAUGACGUUUUGGAAGUGGAUAGUACGCUGCUGCUCGUUCCUAGGACUUUACACCGCCAGUCAGCCAAAGCUUCCGACACCGGCCGAUGUCCCUGCAGAAGUAUCAUGUGAGCAUGCCACAAGUACAAUCAAUCGAUGGCUUAAAGCUUGCGAAGAUCACCCGGAAUGUAAUUCACACAACUUCUUUGGUGCCCAGGUCCGACGGAACGAGGUCCUUGGAAGGCAUGCAGGUUCGAGCUUGCGGCAACCUUUUGGACUUGUGGUUUCGGCACUCGGCUGCCUAUCAUGCAUCCAUCAAAAAGUAACAGAAUUUUGGGGAGGAUCUGAGGAACAGAAGAGCAAUCUUGCUCCCAUUCUCCCGAAGAGAAUGAUCCAUCUCGGCAAGAGGGCCGAAACGGCUCAUUUGGUGGCAACUCCGCCAAGUUCAACAGUUUCAUAUGCUGCUUUGAGCUAUUGCUGGGGCGAAGACGCAACUUUCAUGACAGUGAAAGGUACACUGGAAGACUUCGAGAAGGACAUUCCUAUGGACAAACUUCCGCAAACAAUAAAGGAUGCAUUCUGCUUAACAAGGGAAUUAGGUUUAGACUACAUUUGGGUUGAUGCAAUCUGUAUUGUCCAAAAAGAUGUAUCGGAGUGGGAAGAGGAGUCCCAGAAAAUGGGACACAUCUAUUCCAAUGCAAAGAUCGUACUUGCGGCAACAAGAUCGGGCAAUGUCCACGAGGGGAUGUUUACAAAAAGGUCCACCGCGCAACUAUCAAUAGACAUUGAAGCACCCGGCAGCUCCAUGCGAGCACGGAGGAAUCUCAAUCAUGAUAUCAUCGUAUCGUGCAGAACCAAAUCAGAUUACUGGUGGGACAAGCACAUCAAGGGAACUUUUCCAUUGCUGUCCCGAGGCUGGGGUUUCCAAGAACCCAUGCUCGCGACCCGGAUCGUGCACUUCACUCCUACAGAACUCGUCUGGGAGUGCCAAAGGUCUCGUAAGUGCGAGUGCCACGUUAUGGAAAGCAAACUCUACCCAGCCAUGAAUAACUUGGGCUCUGCAUUACGGAUUUGUCUCAAGCAGGCAAAUGAUGAUCGCAGUAUGAGACAGAUGUGGCGAGAAAUUGUGAACAGUUACUCUGUAAGGAAAUUGACGCAGACCGAUGACAAAUUGCCAGCACUUUCGGGUAUUGCUGGCCUGCUCAAGGAUUGUUCGGGAGACACAUAUUACGCAGGGCUGUGGAGGAGAUCACUGCCUUUUGAUCUGUUGUGGCGAUGCGACCAGUCCGGGCAGCUGCAGGUCAGCAAGAGAAGGUCACCGUCGUGGUCAUGGAUUUCAGUCGAUUGUGCCGUGAAAUGGCCGGUCUGCCAAAACCCAAACGAAGACCAGCCUCUCAAAUACAUCAGAUCCACCACAUACUUCGAGUGUGGUACGAAAGGUAUUGAGGUUUCUAACGUGGCGAUUGAACUAGAUGGCAAGGAUGCAUACGGUCGAGUUAGAGCAAGGAGGAUGAAUGUGAAAACGCGAUUGAGGCCAGUAACAAUUCGUCAAGCUUCAGGUGAUAGGUGGAGUGAGAUUUUCGGCACCGAGUGGGAAGUCCUGGCUUGCGAUUCAGAGCCAGCACCAUUUUGGCCUGAUAUCAGCAAAGAAGGUUUGCAACUCGACCCGUGCCGAUGCGGAAAAGACAUACCACAUAUUUUCCAUGCCAUGGAUGUAAUGAAGUCUAGCAAUACCACUGGGUCUUGGGAAGAGGCCUUAGUUGUGAGAUUCAUUGAUGGAUCGGAACAGCAGUAUGAGCGGGUUGGCGUGGUGGCGAAUGUAUCACCAAAUGUGAGGCCAUGGACAACAGCUAAAAGCUGGUUUGAUUCUUUCGAGACUCAUGAAAUUACUCUCGUUUGAACUUGCAGUACUGAAUGGGAUAUCAAAAUAUAGAAUAUAAAACAGUCAAAUAAAC